AUGGCGGCUCCCUCCAGCUCCUGCGAGGUCGUGGACCUCGCCUUGGCAGCGAGCCGCGACGAUGCAUCCUCAAAGUUCUUCUUCAGCAGAGACGGCGGCGGUGACUUGUCUUGGCCGGCGGCGGCGGGGAUCUCGUCUGCGCUGACCAACCAAAAAUCGUUGGUUGCCCUGUGCGGCAAAUACGGGGUGCCCAGGGAGUUGAAGCCGGUGUGCGCCGACACCUUGAGGUGCGGGGUGUGCGAGACGCCGCCCGAGGGCUUGGCGCCGAGCCAGUUGGGCCCUAAUGCGUGGAAGUGCAUGGCGGCGUUCGUGCUGCGCUGCAAGGAUGCCGGUGUGCAACCGCUGGUAUCUGCCUUCAGAUACUUCUUCUCCGUGUACACUCACAAACACCAAGACAAGCCAUUGGGGUGGCACUAUUUCCAGCCCUGCGCCGGCCGCCGCCUCUUCACCGGCACUCUGCCCACCAAGUACGGCUGGAAAUCAAGGUUCUUCUUCCUUAAGUCCCCGCAGGGGAUGCCGUGGAAGUGCCCGGUGGCGUGGGGCAAGCCCAGGAUGGAGGACGCCCGCACAGUGGAGCUCACGGAUGCGGCGAUAAACAAGCUGAAGCAGAUGCCAUGCAUUGAUCUGAAGCACUUCUUGAGCCUCCACGCCCCGCCCGUUGGCGCUCUCACCCUGCUGCAGCUGCACUCCACGACCGCGCCCAUGAUGAAACCAGAAUCCGCAGCGGCCAGCGCCCAAGCACUCGCUCUUACCUCGCUGCACCAGCUGCACGCGGCAUUGGAAGCGGGGGCAAGAGCACCCAGCGCCGCCGACGCUGCCGGCGAGGGUGACGACUCGACGCGGCGGAAGCGCAGGGGAUUUGGCCAAGUGACGCUGACGCCCUCUCUAUGUACGAUGCUAUGGUGGCAAUUGAUGCUGAGGUCCGAUUGCAAGAUAAGGAGCAGGCGACAGAUGCCAAGGCAGCCUAGCAGAUCGCCCACCUUCAGGACCAGCUGCAAACAGGCCAACGCCGUGAAUGCCAAGUUCAUGGACUACUUGGUUGCGGCCAGAGCCGAGAAUGCACAGCUCAAGGAGAAGCACGCCUGUGAGAUCGCCAAGCUCAAUCAGGAACACGCCUCUGAGGUCACCAAGCUCAAUCAGGAGCACGCCUCUGAGGCCACCAAGGUCGAGGUUGCCCGCGUGAAGCACGCUGCAGAGGAGGUGGCGGUGGAUGUGGUGCAGGAUGCAAAGAAGGACAUAGUGCUCGCUCUAUUCCCGGACCUGGACGCCUCAUUGCUGUUCAGAUCAUGA